AUAUCAGACAUGAUGGAUGCCUUUUCUUCUUUUCUUCCUCUCCUCCUGAGUGAGAGUGAUUCCUCUUCUACAUUUAUACCACCUGAUAUAUAAUCAUGGCUACCAUCAGCAUCAACACACCCGGAAACGGUCUCGUAUACAAUACUUUCUUGAACUCUCAACUAUCGACUCCCAGACUAUGCAUUACCUCGGAAGAGGAAGAGUUCGAUACGGAGACAAUCCGCAACUGGCAGAAUGAAGGGUUUGACGUUACAUACGUCCCGCUCAACGAAGGCGGAAAGGACUAUGCUAGUCGUCUAGAGAGUGUCAAGGAGGGUCUAAGGGUGGGAGAGUCGUAUGCUAUUAUCGCAUACGGCGAGGCUGCCGCUUUCUGUCUCGACCACUUCCACAAACCUGCCACCGGGGCCAGACUGACUGCCCUGGUUGCUUAUUACCCCACCGCCAUCCCAGAUACGCGCAUUCGUUUCCCUCCCAGUCUCAAGGUGCUUGUCCAUCUUGCAGGAGAAUCGGUCGAUGUUGUUGUCACUCCUCAAGCACUAGGCAUCCAGGGACGCAAGAAACGUAUCAGCAAGCGCAGAAUUGACCCGGGAGUUGGUAUCGGCGAACGCAAAGAUAUUUCGUAUACAGCAUUUACAUAUGACUUUGCCGAUCCCGGAUUUGCAGAGCAUGAUUUGGAUGAAUAUGAUCAUGCAUCGGCAGAAUUGGCUUGGUCGCGGACUUUGGAUGUGAUGCGAAAGGCAUUCCGCAAGGAUGCUGAUUUGGAGCGUCCGUGGGAGAUUAAUACUGAAAGCAGCUUCUUCCGUGACAACCUCUCCGACACCAUGUCAACCUUUGUCACCCAUAAGAAUCCCGCCGUCACUGUUGGUCCAACACUGGCUGGUGGCGUUGGUGCGAAAGCACUGCGUCGGUUCUAUGAAAAUGACUUCCUCCAGACCAAGCCGCCAUCUAUGAGGCUGCGUCUACUAUCUCGUACUGUUGGCGCAGAUCGCGUCGUGGAUGAAAUCUACAUCACCUUCGACCAUACAGUUGAAAUGCCAUGGAUGCUUCCAGGCGUACCGCCCACCGGUAAACGAGUCGAGAUAAUUCUCGUGGCUGUUAUCGCCCUUAAAGCGGAACGCAUCUUCACCGAGCAUUUGUAUUGGGACCAAGCCAGUGUCCUUGUUCAACUUGGACUUUUGGAUACCAAGUUACUACCCCAAGGAGUCAGCGGAGUAAAGCAGCUACCCGUUGUAGGCCGGGAGGCUGCUCGACGUAUUCUGGGCGAACACCCAGCACGUGGCGAUGACUAUCAUCGAAGGUUGAUUGCUAAUGCCCGGGCACCCCCUGUAACCAAUAACUCCCGUGCAUCUAGACAGUCAACGCCAAAACCUGCGCACCGUGCUGGAGGCAAAGAAGUCGAACAACGAAACGGUGAACAGAAUCGCGCCAAUGGCGCAUCUUCAUCCAAGCUCAAGGGUGAUAUAGCCGAUGCUCACGCUUCUGGAAACGAGAGUACUGCUACUGCUACUUCUACACCAAGAAAGCCGAAGAAAUUGGGCACACCAAGAAAGGAUAAGGACAAGUCACCGAUAGUUGACGACAAAUCAAACGAUCAGAAAGAUGAAAAGACGGCCGACAAGAUGAAUGACAACGGAAAGACAGAUGAUGAGAAAACGUCUGAUAAUGCCAUAAACGGGAAAAACGAACAGAAGGAAAAACAGGUAGAGAGCAUCGAAAAUGGUAAGGAUGUCGAUGACUUUGCUGAUGGUGAGAGUGAGGCUGGUGCUACGCCAUCGAGACCGAUGGCUGCACGUGUUGAGUCUGCGGGUCAGGAGUAAUUCGAUGAUUUGUUGAUUUGAGAUUGUCACGAUUCUUGUAUAUGAUGAUUGUUAUUCCCUUCUGCUUUCAUUGUUGGAUGUUUCAUUCGAUCUAUGAGUGCGAGCUAGCGUUUUUUUAGGGUAAUUAGUCAUGAGAUAAUGAAUUUUUGCUUU